UAUUGAAUCACUCGUAUAUAUAAGAACCUUGAAACGAUGAAGUUGUAACAGUCGUAUAAGUGCUGCCAAAGCUAUCAGGAAAAAUUGAGAAAAAAUCAUUAUUCAUUAUGUCUCGUAUAAUGAUAAUAUUAUUUGCUGGAUUGGCGAUAUUUACUGCGGACACGUUUGCACUAGCACUUAAUACACCAAUUGAGUGUAAUCGCGAAAAUGAGGAGUAUCAAUGUGGAUCGGCCUGUCAAACGACUUGUACUAAUUUGGGCCAAAAUUGUUCUAUAAUAAACAUCAGAUGUAAUGAUGCUUGUUACUGCAAGCCAGGAUACGCGAGAAUGGGUGGCGACAGUAGUCCAUGUAUUCCUAUAGAAAAUUGUCCCAUAUACUAUCCCCGGGGAACAAUUCCUCCGAACGCAUAAAAUCUCUUCGAAAUUCACGAAUGGCGAAUGUGAACGUUGCUCGCAGAAAGCAAGUAUUUAUCUAUAUUUCUUUCGUAGCGUAAAUUCAGUAAAAGGAAAGAAUAUCGCAAAUAUAUUGUAAAACACAAUUUUAUCUUUCUCUUCUUUCAAGGCACCUUAAUAUAACAUGCGAUAUACAGCUGAAUUUUCGAAAUCGUAGUUUGUGAAGUAAUACGAGGUAGAAGGUAAAAGUCCAGAAAAUAAACAAAUUAUAUAAACUA